GAGGGAGUUAAUGAUGUGUGCGAGAGAGAGAGAGAGAGAGAUAUAGAGAGAGAGAGAGAGAGAGAGAGAGAGAGAGAGAGACGUGCAGGUUUGUCUGCGGUCGGAACAGUAGCGCACAUGCAGGCUGAAACAUGGAUCAUUAUACUCGCUUCCCUGCUGUUCUCUUGAGAGACGCGCUAUAUUGUGGAAACUAGGAUAUUUGGAUCAACUGUCUGCCGGAAUCAACUUUAUACCCUUCUCAAAAUGGAAUCGCUGUGUUUUGGCGUGUCGAUCUUCUGGUUUGUGCUUGUCGGGGGAAACAGAUCGGCCAGGGCCAUGCCGACUGAUAUUGGGGACUAUGUGGGCACAGACAUUGAAAUCUCCUGGUUGCCUAAUCUGGAUGAAUUAAUGAAAGGCUAUGCUCGAAACUUUCGCCCAGGGAUCGGAGGACCGCCUGUAAAUGUGGCCAUGGCUAUUGAAGUAGCCAGCAUUGAUCAUAUCUCAGAGGCCAACAUGGAGUACACCAUGACAAUAUUUCUGCGUCAGAGCUGGAGAGACGAUCGUCUUUCCUACAACCACACAAACAAGACCCUGGGUCUGGACAGCCGCUUUGUAGAUAAACUUUGGUUACCAGACACAUUCAUUGUGAAUGCCAAAUCCGCCUGGUUUCAUGAUGUUACAGUGGAGAACAAACUCAUACGGCUGCAGCCUGAUGGAGUCAUUCUGUACAGCAGCCGAAUUACAUCUACAGUGGCCUGUGACAUGGACCUUACCAAGUAUCCAAUGGAUGAACAGGAAUGCAUGCUGGACCUGGAGAGUUAUGGCUACUCUUCAGAGGACAUCGUAUAUCACUGGUCAGACAGUCAGAUACACAUCCACGGCCUGGACAAACUGGAGCUGUCUCAGUUCACCAUCACAGAUUACCACUUCGUCACAGAGAUGAUGAACUUUAAAUCCGCUGGGCGAUUUCCACGCCUUAGCUUACGUUUCCAGCUGAGGCGUAACCGAGGAGUUUACAUCAUCCAGUCCUACAUGCCCUCCAUCCUAUUGGUUGCCAUGUCGUGGGUCUCUUUCUGGAUCAGCCAAUCAGCUGUGCCGGCAAGAGUGUCUUUAGGUAUCACCACGGUGCUCACCAUGACAACGCUGAUGGUCAGCGCUCGUUCAUCGUUGCCGCGUGCCUCUGCCAUCAAAGCUCUGGACGUGUACUUCUGGAUCUGCUAUGUGUUUGUGUUUGCUGCCUUGAUCGAGUAUGCUUUUGCUCACUAUAAUGCAGACUACAGCAAGAAGGAGAAAGCCAAAGUCAAGACAAACAAGAGUGCAGAGUCUAUGGUGAAGAAUGGAAAGCAGGCCAUGGUUCUGUUCUCUCUGUCUGUGGCUGGCAUGAACCAGGGCCUCCUGAUCUCAAACAGGCAGAAUCGAUCCCAGCGCUCCACCGAGACUACUGCAGAAGCAGCAGAGGAGAGUGAGUUGCGUCCCCCUCAGUCCCGUCGAGCUCAGAAGGAAGACAGCGAGGGGAAGAAAUGCUGCAAGUGUAAACCCAUUGAUGCGGACACCAUCGAUAUCUACGCUCGCGCUGUCUUCCCCUUCACCUUCGCUGUGGUUAAUGUAAUUUACUGGGUGGCGUACACAAUGUGAAUGAGUGCUGCAUGUACAGUACUGUAUAUCCAUCAAUAAACUGAUGUGCCACCACUUGAGAUUAUGAUGAUACAGGAAUAUCUACAGUACAUUAUUAAACUAGAAUGUGAUUUCAUGAGUAUUCAUGUUUUUGUACGUGAAGUUUGGUUCUAGCACAUUUACAUUUUCAUGAGUUUGCGUAGACACUGAAACAAACAGUAAUGUAACGUAAGCCCUUUUACUUGUUUACAACUUUAGAGACUUACAAAUAUUAACAAAUAAUUUGAGGUUCACUGAAUAUUGAGUUAAUUGGUGGAUUUAAUUUUUUAUAGUAGGGCUGUCGAUUUAACACAUUCAUUAUAUAUUUAUAUAUAUUAUAGAAUGAUAAAUUCAGUUACAAAAUGGAUUGUUCAAUGAAAAGGGAAAUAAAUAAAAAAAACAAUAUUGACUUCUAAAGCCACUUUGUAUUUUCUAAUCGAUGCUUUACUCAUCUGCCACAAUAAUAAAAAUGUAUUUUAAUUUUCCGAAUUAUUCUGUUUAUUAUAUAUAUAUAUUCUGUUUAUAAUUGUUUAACCCUUGUGCGCCAAUUUAAAAAAAGUUACUCCGAGGUCCUUAGAGGACAAAUGUCUGCAUCAAAAAACUGCUGGAAGAAUGUAAUAUAUAAAUAUUUUCCACUUUCACUGACUUUUUUAACCAACAUCAGUCCUGAUCAUAACUACCAAAUAUUAAUUUUUCAGCCAGUUUGUUUACAUAAUGCCACUGUUGUUUUUUACACACAUACACACAUUUCUCAAUACACACAUACAAAACACACUCUGACAUCCAUACCAAUACACCCACACAAUUUUAGCUGCAUCAUUUUUUCAAUUGGCCUGCAGUGCUCUAUAAUAUAGCAAACGGAAAAUAGGGAAAAAGCAUGUAUUUGCUCCAUAGGCUAAACAUGAGAAAAAUGGUGCCAUAUGGUGGAAAAUAUAAAACAUUUACAUUUUGAAGCCAGGGCUCUGGAAUGAAAGCAUAAUAUCAUAGAAUUCAUAAUUUUAUGCUUUAAUGGCACUGGGAUUAUUGCAGGUUUCAAUGGGGACAUUUUUGUCCUGAAGGUCCUGAGUGAAACUAUUUUGUGUACACAGUGUAUUAUAGAUGUAUUAUAGGAACUGAGGUUGAAAUAUCAAAAUUCCCCAGAAAAUACACACCUUUGGCAAAAUGUAUGCCGUUAGCAUUAACACAGACAAAAUGACAGAAAAAAUGAAAAUGAAAAAGACAAAAAUGUCCAGAAGGUUGCACAAGGAUUAAAUAUAACUAUUUAUAAUUAUUUCAUUAUUAUAUUUUACAUUCUUUUUAUUUGGGGGCCUUUCUUGGGAAAUAUUGAUACGUGAUUCAUUGCAAUUAAUUCAAAUCAACAUAUCAUGUGAUUAAUUUGACAUCCAUAACUCUAAAGUAAUCUCUAAAGAUGUAGCCUACGUUUUACAUCGUUUCAGUGUCUAUCCAAAUAUACAAAAAUAAGUGUGUAGACUUUACGUGCAAAUACAUGUGAAUUAGAUCACCCUGCAUUUAUUUGUAUAAUUAUAUGGACUGAUGUAGACUUUAGAAUACACUGAAUGCAUUAUAUUAAAUUAGAUUUGUUUUGGGGAGUAUUGCAUUUCAAGGAGACUGACACAUAGUCUGCAUCUUUGCAACGACACUUUGUUGCUUUAAAAAGACAUUCUUCUACAUUAAUGCUCUUAGUUGCCAUUUAGGCCAAAAGAAAAUACUCUGCACAAGUACACGAGCCUUUGCAGGCAGGCUGUUCUGAGCAUAUAUUCUAGUGUUAUUGUGGUGAUAAUAAACCUUAGUACUCAAGGGGGGAUAUAUUUACCUUCAAAUGUCUGUGCCAUUAAUCCGAAUAUUUAUUACAGAGUAAUUGAAUUAUUACUGAGACAGCUAGCUGUAAACAACAGCAUAGUGUCAACAGUUUAACUUCAUUGCUCAGCAAGAUUCUUUUCAUACUGUUGACAUUAGUUGAAUUGAAAGAUAAAACAGUUGCCGAAACACUGAAAUGCUGUGGGUACUUACGUUGUGUAUGAAUUUUGCUCGGACACAUUUCUGAUCACAACAACAUGUGAAAUUGAGCUGGCGUACCUAGAAGCAUCUGCUUUCACGUACGUGCCAAGAGGUUUUUUCAGGCCUCAAUUUCUUUAUCCUGUUUUCAUCUUCAUAAUAUUUGCACCAGAAUGGACUUUCUCUUGGUUCUGAAAUGAAUGGUCUUAAACUUGGCAUGAAAUGGAAAUUUGCCCUAUCUAUUUUCUAAAUGCAUGUUAUUGAUCUUAUUGUGAACGAUUCAUCCAUGCACAUGUUUUAUUUAUAUUUUUAUUUAUUUUUUGACCUCGUAAUCUUUAAUCAAAAUGUAAUAACUCGAUCUUCCGGUGAAACGACAGACUUCUCUCUGGUGACGUAUGCAGGACUUCUCCAAUCGUUUAGUCCGCUUAAACCCUUCCCCUUCCUAAUAAAUACCACAACCUUGCGUAGAGUUGAACGAAGUGUCAGUCGCAUGUUGGUGAAGAUGUCAUGGUGUAUUUUCAUCUGUUUUCCUUCAAAACUAUCGUUCCUUAACCCAAAUUUCCUUGGUUACGAGUCAGCUGGCUUGAAUUUACAUUUCGAAUAAGGAGGAAUAACGGUGAAUUUGCGAUUGUGUUCGAGGUGAUCACUAAUGAAUACAACACUUCGGAUGCCUCUGGAGUUUAUUUAUAUUUUUGGGAUGCACAGCACGAGUAAGUGUUUUUUUCCUUUAUAUUUAGUGUAUUGUGAUUAAAAUAUGGCUAUCUUUUGCUCACUCGUUUUUCAACGGCUUUAGCCUCUUCAUAAGCAAAGACUGCCAUGUGGUCUUGCAUUAUGUUGUCAGUUUGAUCAUAAAUGUGUUGAGAUCGCUGCUCAAUUUCACAGAUAACCAGCUCUAACUCGGGCAGUACAGUGGUCGGGGUGUGUGUGUCAACUGCAAACUUGCAUUCAGAUGUGCCUCCGUUCCGCUAUGCAAUGCCCAUAUUUUCACAAUCCAAUCAACAACCACUGGAUAAACUCAAAUCCCGCCCUACAUUGUUUUCUUGUUCGAUAAGCUGUUUCACUCGGAUAUACGUCACAAUACGGAAGUAAAGUCGGUCACAACUUCCGUUUCAUGCCGACUUUAAACAAACUUUACUGAAAGACUCUGCUGCUGUCUUCAUCAUCAUUAAAUAUCUGGAAGAAAAUUUCAAGUCUUUUUUCCUUUUAAUGGGAAGUGUAUAUCUGUGUUUUGGAACUACAUGAGGGAGAGUAAAUUAUGACAGAACUGUCAUUUUUAAGUAAGCUUUUCCUUUAACAAAAGUAAAGUCAGCUGGAGAUUUUGUAUGGUGGAAUUAUCAUCGAAACUCAAUUAUGAAACAAGUCAUUUGCCAAAAAAAUAAUAAUAAUAAAAGCGAGACCAGCGUUGGGCUCCAGCAGAUACAUGAAAACAAACGAUCUACAACCAGUCAGGUGUCUGACCUGAAGCCUAGUGGUCAAAACAAGACUUUUGUCUAAAGUCUUUCCAUCGCAUUACACAUGUUCGACCAGCAGAUGUCUCCAGCGAGUCAUUUUACGAAGCCUCACUUUUGGGCCGUGGACAUUUAGAAAAUAAUCUCUCCUAAAACACACUUUAUUGACACACAAGCUUUGUCCACUAACAGUGUCUAUACGUGCAUAACAGGAGAACUAUAAUGCACAAUGUCAUCUCCAUCCAUCUCAAUUUAUGUACUGUAUUGUGUGGUGGAAAUUACAUUUAAAAGAAAUGUUAUAUUUAAAUGACAGACUCAUUUGCCUUUCUAAGGCCAAUUUCAUGGCAUUUUAUGUAUCCUAAAUACAGUUGCAUAUUUUCACA